UUUACCUCUCGUACCAACAGCGUAUAAGAGUAUAUUAAGAUAGUUUUGUAACUGAAAGCAGUCAGCGGACGGAUUAUGUUGACGGAAGUAGACGUGGAUUUUGUGACGAGAUCAGAACCAAACGUACAAUGUAAACUGAUAUAUCGAUAACCAUUUGACGUCAGCUUUGUUUGCAUUAUUUGUAAGAGUAAUUAGUAACUCAUAACCUUAGCCGGAAUUUAUUUAGGCAGGGGGUUCUUCUCUACAGCACGUAACUUACAUGAGGUUGUGGAAAUCUAGCUGUCAACGUCGAGCCAGAAAACUACCGUUUAUUGAUUAAAUUAACGUUGCGUUGUAGGGAAGCAUCUUCGGUCGGUUCGAAAAUAAGCAAAUGUUAUUUUUGUACGCGCUUUCAUUCAUAAACGGUCACUGCCGCGUAUCUGACAUGUAGUUAAAUAUCUGUCAACUUUGAAGAAACAUGUUCAGUUAAUGUCAGCUUCACUAUGAAUAUAAAACACAAUAGUAUUGAAUGUUGCUGACAGGAAACGAACGCUUGAGUUGUUGUAAUACAUAUAUAAGUUUAGUACAGUAUAUUGUAGUUUUAUAUCGAGUUAGUCCAUUGAGAAGAUGUCUCCAAUUCCCGUUGUUCCUCUUAUCAUCAACUGUUGUAUGUCUGCACUGGGGUGUUUUGCAACAGUCAAGCUCAUUCCUGCCUUUAAGGAACAUUUCAUAUCUGCAAGACUUUAUGGCAUGGACCUAAAUAAAACCACAAAGAAAGAGGUACCCGAGUCACAGGGUGUAAUCAGUGGGACAGUCUUCCUCAUCAUCCUCUUCCUCUUUAUCCCUGUUCCGUUCCUACAGUGCUUUAUGGGAGAGAAGUGUCAACGGUUCCCUCAUAAUGAGUUUGUUCAGCUGAUCGGCGCAUUGUUGGCCAUCUGCUGCAUGAUUUUCUUGGGCUUUGCUGAUGAUGUUCUGAACCUGCGAUGGAGACACAAGCUUCUGCUGCCCACCAUGGCUUCUCUGCCUCUCCUCAUGGUCUACUUCACUAACUUUGGCAACACUGUCAUUGUCGUGCCAAAACCUUUCCGUGUCCUGCUGGGAAUGCAUUUGGACCUGGGAAUUCUGUAUUAUGUGUAUAUGGGAAUGUUGGCUGUGUUCUGCACAAAUGCAAUCAACAUCUUGGCUGGUAUCAAUGGGAUUGAGUCUGGACAGGCUCUCUUCAUAUCAGGCUCCAUCAUCCUGUUUAAUUUACUGGAGCUCAAUGGAGACUACAGGGAUGACCAUGUUUUCUCCUUGUAUUUCAUGAUUCCUUUUUUCUUCACCACAUUAGCCCUCUUCUACCAUAACUGGUAUCCCUCCUCUGUGUUUGUGGGAGACACUUUCUGUUACUUUGCUGGAAUGACAUUUGCAGUUGUCGGGAUACUCGGCCACUUCAGCAAGACAAUGCUGCUUUUUUUCAUCCCUCAAGUCAUCAACUUUAUUUACUCACUGCCUCAGCUCUUUCAUAUUAUUCCCUGCCCUAGACAUCGCCUGCCUAGGUUACAGUCAGACACAGGAAAGCUGGGCAUGAGCUACUCCAAAUUCAAACAGAAAGAUCUUGGCAAAUUAGGGCAACUUAUUCUGAAGGUGGCUGAAAUGUUGUGGGUUCUGGAUGUGCGUAGAGGCCAGGAAGGAGAUGAUGAGUUUAUUGAGUGUAACAAUAUGACUCUUAUCAACCUGGUGCUGAAAAUACUGGGACCUACCCAUGAGAGAACACUGACUGCAAUCAUGCUGUUAAUGCAGGUUUUGGGGAGUGCUGUGGCAUUUGGCAUUCGUUAUCACCUUGUGCGUCUGUUCUAUGACGUCUAGAAAACUUGAAGUCCUGAGAUACUCUACAACCUGCUGCUUUCAUUUGGACAAACAACUGAAUCAACAGAUUUUUUUAAUAUAUAUAUAUAUAUAUUAUUACUAUCUACUGCCUGUCUUCUAUAAUCAUCUCAUUGCAGUACAGUGUAUUUCAGCUCUUCUGUCUGUGUAUCUGCAUGUGAUAGGACAGUCUACACUUAAGCCCCUAAUACUCACUGGGACAUGAAGGCUCUAUAAAUAAAGAACAAUGUCAGCAUGAGGAUUUCCAAUAAUGUGGGGCAACCUGAAAAGCAGAGGGUUCUAUUUUGAAAGGCUAUGUGAAACAUUUACAUUCAGGGAUAUUUUAGGCAGUUGGUGUGAACAUUUCUGAAAUAUUAGUGAAACACAUGUACACUUAUAUUUUUCUGUGUCAGAGCAAAUAAUAUAACUCAUUUGAAUAAACAAGUGUGAUGAUGGACCACGUUAGCUUCACAGAAAGAAAAUGGAGCAUUCAAACUUGAAAUCCAACAUAACCAAAGUAUGGUGAUUGUUUUAAUAAUAAAAAAUAUAUAAACA